CCCGGUGAAAUUAACUACACUACAAACCACCACGAAACAAGGAAGAACAAGUCCUUAACCUGCGCACCCACCUUCCCUCCACACUUUUUUUAAACCUACGCCACCCCCACCACCACAUUCUUCACGACUUUCUCUCUCUCUCUCUCUCUCUCUGCGAAUUUUCCAAAGAAGAUCUCACACACACACACACACACACACACACACACAAACCGCUACGAACUUUCUCUCCAAUUCUCUCUCACCCCCUCCAACACGUUUCCAGCCUCUCUCUCUCUCUCUCUCUCUCUCUAACUUCCUUCCUCAUGGUUUCGUUGAUAAAAUUGCUAAUACUUCCUGGUUAGGCAUAUUAGGGUUUUGCAAUUCAGGUCUUUCAACUGUGUAGUGAGGGUUUUGAGAAAAUUUGGGGUUAAUUUGGUUUUUUUUAUUUUUUGUUUUUGAAUUGCGAUGUUGAUUGAAGACGAUCGGACGUUUGAGGAUCUCUCGGUUGGUGACGAUGGUACUGACCUUUCCAUGGAUCUUCAAUCGUUGUUGGAGAUUCUUGGAGAGACUCCUCCUGUUUCUGAUCCUUUGCAGAAUAGCCCAGAAGAUUUAUCAGUAGGAGAACUGCAGCAAGGCCAGUCACCUCCUGAUGUUGGCAAUAAUGAACAUUCCCUGCUUCAAUUGGGAUUGCCGGAGUCGAAAAGGACAUCUUCAUUUGGGGAUGAGUUAGCAAGAUCUUUUACAUUCUCCCCUUCACACAACUCUGAAGCUUCAGAUUCUAGGGCAGGGGCGUCAGAUGGUUCUUUUGACUCUGCUGGGAACUCUUUCAACUUUAGCUAUAGAAAGAAGGAACCUUCAGCUCAGACUGGUUCUCCAGCUAGCUGCUCUGGAAGUCUUACAAAUUGGACGUUGCCAGUUUCAGGUCGUGGUUCUUUAAGUGCAGGGAGUAAUGGAGUUAAUCAAAGUGUUUCAUCUCACAAUACUGAUUACUGUGAAGAAACUCAAUAUGAGAUGCCCAAUUGUAGUGCCACAUUUAGUAUUGCUGCUGGUGAUGCUAAUAAUGCUUCAGAUUUUAGAGACGUGUUGGAUUCCAAUCACCUGAAGGGUGAAACUGAAUUUCAAUUCAGGCUUUUGGAGGGGGAUACUUACUACCAAUAUGGAUCUCUCAACUCCUUUCUAGAGAAAUCAGAUUUUAACUAUGGGAAGCAUUGUGAUUCAAUUGAAAAUAGCUUAAAAACCUCAGGAACACCAGAAAUUGUGGAUACCUCCAUGACAGAUAUUGACAUACCUUUGCCGUGGGGCCUGCAUGAUAGUUUCAAUCUUCAAUUUCAGCCAAGCAAUGAUGAAAUGAUGACCUACACAAAGGAUGAAUUGGAGGAGAUUCCAACUCAAUCUGCAUGCUUACCUAUUGCCAUGGCGUCUGACACUCAGGUAGGAAAAGUAGUUGGAGCAGCCUUUGGGGCAGCGAUAAUCAGUGACCUUGAUGUUAGUGGGCUUCAAGUCAAAUGUGGAGGUUAUAACCUUACAUCACCAAUUGGGGGGAACUCCUUUGGUAAAACCGAUGAUAGAUCUAUUGUUACCAAUGCAUCGUCACAACCCUUGCCUUGUACUUUAUCAAACAUGUCUAGUAAAAAGCAUGUGAUUUGUAUGAACGAUGAAAGAAAUGAUGACUUAGAUUUAGCGCUAGGAAUGGCAUACUCAUCUUAUGAUGUUAUUGAUGAUACUUCUAGUAGGAAUUCUCCUGGUGCUGGUGAUGGGUUUCCAACUGAGAAAGGCUUAAUGCAAUUGUUGCCUCAUAUUCUGUCUUCCGAUUCCAGUAAGAAGCUUUUGGUCCAUGCAAAGGAUGAAAACGAAGAUGUAUUUCUGGCAUCUAAAAGAGCUCGCCAUACUCUUGAUAACAUUAAUGGACUUGGUAAUAGAAACCCCAAUCAAGUUGCUAAUGAUUUUUGUCUGAAUCUAAAGGCCUCAGAGCAGUUAGGUUGCAUAAAGGAUGAUAGAGAGAGUAAACUGAUUCAGCCUAAGAGCUUGGAUACUUGUGUUUCAAAAGUCGGCUGCCAAAUAAUUCAGAGUAAUGCCAUGGUUAACAGCUACCAUGUUGAUGACGAUCCAGAUAUAUGUAUUCUUGAAGAUAUAAGUGAACCUUCAUGCUCAAAUCCAUGGUCAAUGAACAGGCAGUCGCUUGUUACUUCACAACGUACUACAUUUAGUGACCCAGACCCCCUUAACCACAUGGGAAUGGGAGGUGCGAGGCUUAAAGCAAAUGAUGAACGUCUAGUUUUCCGAGUUGUAUUGCAGGAUCUUUCUCAGCCAAACACAGAAGCUAGUCCGCCAGAUGGUGUUAUGGCAGUGCCUCUUUUAAGACACCAGCGAAUUGCUUUAUCUUGGAUGGUUCAGAAGGAGACAGCCACCUUACAUUGCUCCGGAGGAAUUCUUGCGGAUGAUCAGGGACUGGGGAAAACGAUAUCAACAAUUGCACUUAUACUCAAGGAAAGGGCUCCACUUUCCCUAGCUUGUCCAGACAGCUUGAAACACAAUGAAAUGGAAACAUUAAAUUUGGAUGAAGAUGAUGACUAUGUGUCUGAGCUUGAUGGAUUGAAGCAGGAUGUUGAAUCAUGCCAAGUUUGGUCUAAUGGAAGUUCUAUGAAGAGUAGGGACACUUCUGUGCAAACAAUGGGUAGGCCAGCUGCUGGUACCCUUGUUGUAUGUCCUACAAGUGUCCUACGCCAAUGGGCCGAGGAAUUGCAUAAUAAGGUGACUAGCAGAGCUAAUCUAUCUGUUUUAGUUUAUCAUGGAAGCAAUAGAACAAAAGAUCCUUGUGAGCUUGCCAAGUAUGAUGUCGUCGUUACAACAUAUUCAAUUGUAAGUAUUGAGGUCCCAAAACAGCCUCUUGUCGAUAAAGAUGAUGACGGGAUUGGAAGGCAAGAAGCUCAUGUUAUUCUGCCUGUGGGAUUUUCAUCUGGUAAGAAAAGGAAAUAUCCUUCUAGUUCUGGUAAAAGAUCUGCGAGGGAUAAGAAGGGAAUGGAUAAUGCAUUGCUUGAAUCUGCUGCUCGACCUCUUGCUAGGGUUGGCUGGUUUAGGGUUGUACUGGAUGAGGCACAGAGCAUAAAAAAUCAUAGAACUCAAGUAGCUCGGGCUUGUUGGGGGCUCCGGGCUAAACGCAGGUGGUGCUUAUCAGGGACGCCUAUCCAGAAUGCAGUUGAUGAUCUUUAUAGCUACUUCAGAUUUCUUAGAUAUGACCCAUAUGCUGUAUAUAAAUCAUUCUGCUCCUCGAUAAAGGUCCCAAUCAGUAGGAAUCCAACAAAUGGGUACAAAAAGCUACAAGCCGUCUUGAAGACAAUAAUGCUACGUCGCACAAAAGGCACACUUCUUGACGGGGAACCCAUCAUCAACUUACCGCCAAAAUCAGUAGAAUUGAAAAAAGUGGAUUUCUCAGAGGAGGAGCGGGAUUUCUAUUGCAGACUAGAAGCUGAUUCCCGAGCUCAGUUUGCAGAAUAUGCAGCUGCUGGAACUGUCAAACAAAAUUAUGUUAACAUUUUGUUGAUGCUCCUGCGCCUUCGACAAGCUUGUGAUCAUCCUCUUCUUGUUAGGGGAUACAAUUCUAGUUCCACAUGGAGAUCAUCUGUUGAGAUGGCAAAGAAACUUCCUCGGGACAAGCAAGUUCGUCUACUGAAUUGUUUGGAAGCUUCUUUGGCAAUUUGUGGCAUAUGCAAUGAUUCACCUGAGGAUGCUGUUGUUACAAGCUGUGGACAUGUCUUCUGCAACCAAUGCAUCUGUGAACAUCUGACGGGUGAUGACAUCCAAUGCCCCACUACAAAUUGCAAAGAUCGACUCAGUGUAUCUUCAGUGUUUUCUCGAGCGACAUUAAAAU